AUGGCAGGGAAAGUCAAGAUCCUGGCCUGGGGGCUGAGGAACCUCAAGAGCUUCCAGCUGGCCAGCGUGACCUCGCCCAGCCUGCUGGUGGAGUGCGGGGGGCAGCUGGUGCAGUCCUGCGUCAUCAAGAACGUCAAGAAGAACCCCAACUUCGACGUCUCCGUGCUCUACAUGGAAGUGUGCGAUCCCUACGUGAAGAUUUCCGUGGGAAAGAAAUCCAUCAGCGACCAGGAGAAUUACCUGCCCUGCACCCUGGAGCCUGUCUUUGGGAAGAUGUUCGAGCUGAGCUGCACCCUGCCCCUGGAGAAGGACCUGCGGGUGGCCCUGUACGACUACGACCUGCUGUCCAAGGACGAGAAGAUCGGGGAGACCGUCAUCGACCUGGAGAACCGGUUCCUGUCGCGCUACGGGGCGCGCUGCGGGCUGCCCCAGACAUACUGCGUCUCCGGGCCCAACCAGUGGCGGGACCAGCUCCGCCCUUCCCAGCUGCUCCACCUCUUCUCCCUGCAGCACAACCACAAGGCUCCCACCUACAAAUCCGACCGGAUCAUCUUCAGGGAUCAGGAGUACGUCCUGUCUGAGCAGGAGGACGGGAAGGCCCCAAACCCGCACCUGGGGCCGGUGGAGGAGCGGCUGGCACUGCUGGCACUGCGGGAGCAGGGGCUGGUGCCCGAGCACGUGGAGACGCGGCGGCUGAGCAGCCCCCUGCAGCCUGGCAUCCCUCAGGGAAAGCUGCAGAUGUGGGUGGAUCUGUUCCCCAAAUCCCUGGGGCAUCCCGGGCCCCCCUUCAACAUCAGCCCCCGCAAAGCCAAGAGGUUCUACCUGCGCUGCAUCAUCUGGAACACCAGGGACGUGAUCCUGGACGACCUGAGCAUCACCGGGGAGAAGAUGAGCGACAUCUACGUCAAAGGGUGGCUGGUGGGGCACGAGGAGAACAAGCAGAAGACAGACGUGCACUACAGGUCCAUGGGGGGAGAGGGCAACUUCAACUGGAGGUUCGUCUUCCCCUUCGACUACCUGCCGGCCGAGCAGAUGUGCCACGUGGCGAAGAAGGAGCAUUUCUGGAGCUUGGACAAGACAGAAAACAAGAUCCCACCCCAGCUGAUCCUCCAGAUCUGGGACAACGACAAGUUCUCCUUCGACGACUAUUUGGGUGAGCUGGGGGAGGUUUUUGGCUCCAUCCCUCCCGGGGCAGCAGGAAGGGAAAAAUUCCUGGAAAAUGGUGCCUGGAAAAGCUGGGGCUGCCCCUGGUUUGUGUCCCUCUUUGAGCAGAAAACUGUCAAGGGCUGGUGGCCCUGUGGGGCUGAGCAGGACCACAAGAAGAUCCUGGCGGGCAAACUGGAGAUGACUCUGGAGAUCGUGGCGGAGCAGGAGCACGAGGAGCGCCCGGCUGGGAUGGGGAGGGACGAGCCCAACAUGAACCCCAGGCUGGAGGAGCCCAAGCGCCCGGAAACCUCCUUCCUGUGGUUCACCUCCCCCUACAAGACCCUCAAGUACAUCCUGUGGAGGAGGUACAAGUGGAUGCUGGUCCUGCUCAUCCUCCUCUUCAUCCUGCUGCUCUUCCUGGGGAUCUUCAUCUACUCCUUCCCGAACUACGCUGCCAUGAAACUGGUGAAACCCUUCAACUGAGCGGGGCCGGCGCGGGAGCUCCGGGGAUUCGGGAAUGGGAA